ACAUUUAGUUUUUUUUUUCCGACAAACUUUGCUCAUAUUUUCAUUUCAAUGUUUUUUUUCUCGUACCGUUCCUAGUACGCCAUGUCCCAACUUUGAAACUUCAUUUUCAGAUCUUCAUUUUCCAUUAGAAUCUCUCAUCAAAGAUCAGAUGGAGGAACGGAGCCAUUACGUGAAGCUGACUAAAGAGCAAAAACCUCAUGAAGAUAUCAAUCCUGGUGAACUCAAUCAGCCUAUUGAGGUUCCUCAGUUGGCGGUUCCGAAGUGCAUGGAAUGUGGACAGGCACUACCAGAAAGCUAUGCACCUCCUGCUGAUGAGCCUUGGAUGACCGGGAUUUGUGGAUGUUUUGAAGAUAGAGAUAGUUGUUUGACAGGACUGUUUUGUCCCUGUGUUUUAUUUGGCCGCAAUGUAGAAAGCUUGUAUGAAGACGCUACUUGGAAUGCACCAUGCAUUUGUCAUGCCAUUUUUAUCGAGGGUGGAAUCGCUCUGGCGACGGCAACUGCAAUCUUGAAUGGUAUAAUUGACCCAGGGACAUCAUUUCUCAUUGUGGAGGGUUUGUUUUUUACUUGGUGGAUGUGUGGCAUAUACACCGGUCAGGUUCGGCAAACCUUGCAGAAGAAUUAUCACUUAGAGAAUUCUCCCGCUGAUCCUUGUUGUGUCCACUGCUUCAUGCACUGGUGUGCCUUGUGUCAAGAGCACAGGGAAAUGAAGGGACGCCUCUCGGAGAGUCUUUCCUCAGAAACGACCCUCGUAAACGCGCCUCCGAUUCAAGAAAUGAAGUCUACCGGUGAAAAGGAAAGUGCUGGAUCAUCCUCCUCCUCUUCUGCUAACAACAGUGAGCAUACUAGUUUAGAAAUGCAGGCUCUAUAAAGUCUUACUACCAUUGUUAGCAUCCAAAAGAGUGACAUGAAUUUUGGAAUUUUGCUUGAUAGAGAAUUAUUGUUUUAUACUUUUGCUUUGGACAUGUAUAUCUCUCUCUAGCACCGAUACCUCUAAAAAAAGUGUGUCCGUGUCAUUAUCGGUGCCGUGUUUCAUAGAUUUGUUGCAAUGACUUGUUAAGAUGAAAAUUCACAAUUUAAUGCAUGUUGAAUUAGACUUCAACCAAAA